GACUAAAAAUUUUUGAGCGGCAUAUUGAUGCACUGAGUUCCGUUAUUGCAGAAUUACAGACUCAAAAUGAAUAUUUAAGGAGAGAAUUGUCAGAAUAUCCAGAAAAUCGUAACAGAAACAUGAAUAAUUACUUAUCUUCAAGUCUUAGUCAAUUAACUACUGAUGUUAUUAAUUUAAAAGCUAAACUGAAAGAGAUGCAAAAGUUGAAAAAUUCUGUGGAUGAAAGUUAUAAAGAUGCUAUUCGAGAAUAUCAUUUAAUAGUAAUGGAACAAUUUACUGAAUUAAAACAACAAUUGCACGAAGCUCGAAUAAAAAACGAAGCAUUGGAUCAUAGUGUAGCUGUAAUAGCUAAAAAAUUGGAACAAAUCAACCAUGGUAAGGAAGAUAAAUUGCAGGCAAUCGUAAUUGAGCAAUAUACAAUGAUGAAAGAAGAAUUAAACAAAAUGAGGACUGAAAUGGAUUAUGAAACUCAAAAAAAAAAUCAAGAUUUGAUGUCUCAAGUUUUUGCUUUAAAGAAAGCCAUUUCAAAACUCGAAAAAUCAAAAGAGAAACUUGAGAAUGAUUAUGAAAAAAAAUUGUCACAUAUAAUUAAGGUAAAUUAAACGAGAUAUUAGAAUAUUAUAAAUUAAUUCUAUUUUAUCUAUAAUAUUAUAGAACAAAGAUAUGGAAAUAAAAACAUUACAUUUGCGACUGCAAAAACAAAAAAAUGAAUUAUGUACAUCUCUGAAUAUAAAAAAACAAAAUGAAAUGGAUAAUAUUGUUUCUGCAUUAGAAAAACAGUAUAAAACGCUGUUAACAGAAACAGAAACAAUUUCUGAAAAUAAAACUCAGGAAUAUCUCAUGGUAUUGUAUCAUAAAUUUUAUUUAAAAGGAAAAUAAUAUUAUAAGAUAUUAUAUAGAAUUAACAUAAAUUAAAAAUUUUAGAAAAUAACUAUUCUUGAAGAUCAAAUAUUAAAUAUGAAGAAAUUCAACUCGAGUUUAUAGAAUAGUGAAUCGCGUAGUUUAUAGUACAUUACAAUUAUAUCAAUUGUAUAUUAUGUUUCUUCUUAAUAAAA